AUGACAUCCAACGGCUUCGUCGCCAGCGACCUGGCCGACACGGCACAGCUGCCCAUCUUCGACGUCCAGCACGUGCAGCUGCAGUUCUCGGUAGCUGCCGACUUCGUUGCGUCCCAGGUGGCCAACGAUGUCCUCAUACUGGCGCUGUCGAACGGCAGGAUACUGCGGAUAGAUCUUGAGCGGCCCGAGGAUAUAGACGACAUCGACCUCCCCAAGAAACCCUCAGAGAUAGGCGUCAUCCGCCGCAUGUUCCUCGACCCGACCGCCUCGCACCUUAUCAUAUGCACGUCGCUCGGCGACAACUACUACCUGCAUUCUCAGUCCCGCCAGCCACGCCCUCUGGCUCGCCUCCGCGGCGUCUCCAUCGAAUGCGUCGCUUGGAACCCGGCCCUGCCCACGGCUUCCACCAGGGAGAUCCUGAUUGGCGCGAGCGACGGGAACAUCUAUGAGGCGUACAUUGAGACGGCCAACGAGUUUUAUCGCAAAGAAGAGAAGUUCCUGAAGGUGCUGCAGAAGCUGCCCGAUGGACCAGUCACGGGCCUGUGGGUGGACGCCCUGCCCGGCAGGACAGAGUCGAGGAGGGUCAUGGUGGCCACGCAGACGAGGCUGUUUCACCUGGCCGGGAAGGUCGGCAAGGGCCCGGAUGGCAGCGGGUCCAUAUACACGAGGCUGUUCGAGGCCGAGCAGCCUGUCAUCCACGAGCUGAGCAGGACGACGGCCGGCGGGACGAACUCGAGCCUGGUAGUGAGCCCGGACCCGCCGCAGGACCCCUAUGAUGCCGCCGUGUCCGACAGGGUAUUCGCGUGGCUCAACUCCCAGGGUGUCUUCCAUGGAAAGCUUCUGCUGAGCUCGCCACAGGGCGGCGCUGACCUUGGGGCCAGGGUCUUUGCAGACUCCAAGCUCCUGCCCAAGGCCCAGCUCGCAGCUAGCUCGGACCCGGAUAUCAGGAGGAGGAGCACGGUGGACAACAUUGAGACUAUCGCGCUGACGCAGUGGCAUGUCAUCAGCCUGAUAGGCAGCCGGGUGGUUGCUGCGAACCGGCUAACUGGAAAGGUGGUUUAUGACCAAGUUGUUCUGGAUCCGGGGCAAAGGGCCGUCGGCCUGUGCGCUGACAUGCAGAAGAACACCUUCUUCCUGUUCUCGGCUCAAGAGAUAUUUGAGAUCGUUGUGAGGGAUGAGGACCGCGACAUCUGGAAGAUCAUGCUCGACCUGCAGCAGUUUGAUGCCGCGCUACAGUAUGCCCACUCUCCUGCACAGAAGGACGCUGUGGCCAAGGCUUCUGGUGACUACCUGAUUAGCAAAGGCCUGUUUAGUGACGCCGCUGGUGUCUAUGGUAAGAGCACCAAGCCAUUCGAAGAAGUGGCCCUUACAUUUUUGGACAACAACGAGCACGACGCGCUGCGGAAAUACCUACUCACCAAGCUCGGCACUUUUAAGAAAUCGGCGGUAAUGCAGCGGGUCAUGAUUGCGACAUGGCUUGUCGAGAUAUUCAUGGCCAAGCUGAACACACUCGACGACACCAUUAUCACCAAGGCAGAGCUCGCAGAAAACCUAAACACCACUCAAUCAAAAGAGCAACUCGACUCGGUCCGAGGUGAAUACCAGGACUUUGUUACUAGGCACAAGACAGACCUGGAUAAGAAGACAGUCUACGAAAUUGUCAGCAGCCACGGAAGGGAGGACGAAUUGCUGUUUUUCGCGAACGCGGUCAACGAUUAUAACUACGUCCUGUCCUACUGGGUCCAGCGGGAAAGGUGGCCAGAAACGCUCACCGUCCUGAAGAGGCAAACGGACCCGAACGUCUUCUACCGCUUCAGUAGUGUGCUCAUGACACAUACUGCACAGGACUUGGUCGAUAUACUGAUGAGGCAGUCGAAUCUGAAGCCCCGAAACCUGAUACCGGCACUUCUCGAAUAUGACCGGACUUAUAAAGGCCCCUUGUCUCAGAACCAGGCGGUGCGGUACCUACUGUACGUGGUUAACCAGCUCAACUCGAUCGAUUCGGCUGUCCACAACACCCUUGUCUCCAUCUACGCCUCACAUGCGUCCAAGGACGAAAGCGCCUUGCUCGCCUAUCUCGAGUCCCAGGGUGAUGAGCCAAACUUUGACCGGGACUUUGCCCUUCGCUUGUGCAUCCAGCACCGGCGGGUCUUGUCUUGCGUCCACAUCUACACGACCAUGGGGCAAUACUUGCAGGCGGUGGAGCUGGCACUAUCGCACGACGAGAUCGAGCUCGCGAGCCUGAUCGCGGACCGGCCGAUGAGCAACCCGCAGCUGCGCAAGAGGCUGUGGCUGGCGGUGGCCAAGAAGGUGAUCAGCCAGUCGAACGGGAUCAAGGGCGCGAUCGAGUUCCUGAAGAAGUGCAACGACUUGCUCAAGAUCGAGGACCUGAUCCCCUUCUUCCCGGACUUUGUGGUGAUCGACGACUUCAAGGAGGAGAUUUGCGCGGCGCUCGAGGACUACUCGCGCAACAUCGAUGGCCUCAAGAGGGAGAUGGACGAGUCGUCGCAGACGGCGGCGAACAUCAAGCUCGACAUUGCGUCGUUGGAUCAUCGGUACGCCAUUGUCGAGCCCGGGGAGAAGUGCUACACGUGUGGCCUUCCGCUACUCAGCAGGCAGUUCUUUGUAUUCCCCUGCCAGCACGCGUUCCACUCCGACUGCCUCGGCAAGGAGGUGAUCAAGCAGGCCGGCGUAGGCAGGGGCCGCAGGAUCAGGGAGCUCCAGCUGCAGAUUACCAGGGGCAUGGUGCAGGGCGAGCGGAGGGAGCAGGUUAUCCAGGAGCUGGAUGGGUUGAUUGCUUCGGCUUGUAUACUGUGCAGCGAGUUCGCUAUCAAGAGGAUCGACGAGCCAUUUGUCAAAACAGACGAGGACUUGGCUGAGUGGGCGCUUUGA